AUGGAGGCCGAAGUCUCCGCUUCACGCUCCGAUGAUCUUGUGUACAACCGCGACAAGUUGCCACGUCGGGAACGACAGAGGAUAGUGAGCGGGCAGAAGCUUGAACACGGAUCACAGACGUACUUCAGCGAGAAGGAAAAGUGGAGAGAUGAUGUGCGCAGACGCAAUGGUGGCAGUAGUGAUCUAGAAUAUGACGAGAGUCUGCGCAAACGAAAGCGCUGGCGUAACAUCUGUAUCGGCGUCGGCGCGUUUGUUCUAGUACUUGCGAUUGCUAUCCCGGUCGGCAUCGUGCUUUCGAAGAAGAAUGAUACCGGCGGAGGAGGCGGCGCUUCGACUAAUUCGACACAGCCUGGAAAUAGCAACCUUAACGGCAUGUCCGAGAACGACAUACCGAAGCAAUAUCAGGGCACAUAUCUGGACCCGUUCAGCUGGUACGAUACAACCGACUUCAACGUCACCUUCACCUCCGAGAUGGUUGGCGAUCUACCAUUAAUGGGUCUUAACAAUACCUGGGAUGACAGCAAGAGCGCAAAUAACAACACACCACCUCUUAACCAAGCUUGGCAAUAUGGCACCAUGCCCGUCCACGGCGUCAAUCUUGGCGGCUGGCUCAGCAUUGAACCUGUGCUCACACCUUCGCUCUUCAGCGGCUACACUACGCACGACAACGUGAUAGACGAAUAUACGCUUACGCAAACGCUUGGGGCGCCGAGAGCGAAGAGCAUGCUUGAAAAGCACUACUCAUCGUUUGUUACUGAACAGACAUUCAUUGACAUUCAAGCGGCCGGCUUCGAUCAUAUCCGCAUUCCGUUCUCCUACUGGGCUGUUGUGACUUACGAUGCCGACCCGUAUGUGGCCAACGUCUCAUUCCGCUACCUUCUCCGUGGUAUAGAAUGGGCGCGAAAGUACGGCUUACGCAUCAACCUCGAUCUGCACGGUGCUCCAGGCUCGCAGAACGGCUGGAAUCACUCCGGCAGGCAAGGUGUGAUCGGCUGGCUGAACGGAACCAACGGGCAACUAAACGGCGACCGUACGAUAGCCAUACACAACCAGCUGUCGACCUUCUUCACGCAGCCUAGAUACAAGAACAUCAUCGCCAUGUACGGCUUGGUCAACGAGCCCCGCAUGGUUGAGCUCGAUGUAAGCACAGUCCUCAACUGGACGACGCACGCCAUCAGUACCGUACGCUCGAACAACUAUACGGGCGUCAUUGUCUUCGGUGAUGGCUUCCUAGGCCUCGACAAUUGGCAAGGCCGAUUGCAGAAUCAGCCGAACUUACUUCUCGACGUGCACCAGUACGUCAUCUUUAAUGUUCAGCAAAUCGUGCUGAACCACCACGAUAAGAUCAACUUUGCCUGCGGAGGUUGGACACAACAAGCGCUUCGGUCCACAAACAAGGCUACCGGCUUCGGUCCUACCCUGUGCGGCGAGUGGAGUCAGGCAGACACGGAUUGCGCGCAGUAUCUCAACAAUGUUGGUAUAGGAUCUCGUUGGGAAGGCACGCUCAACAUGGCGGAUACACCUGGCGGGUCGUCUAAUGGUUCGGUGCUUUCGCCAACCUGUCCGACUCAAAACAACCCGCAGUGUAGCUGCAAGAACGCGAAUGCAGGCCCUUCUGCGUGGUCGCAGCAGUAUAAGCAAUGGCUGCUGAUGUUUGCCGAAGCGCAAAUGCACUCAUUCGAGCAGGGUUGGGGGUGGUUCUACUGGACAUGGCAGACCGAAAGCGCGUAUCAGUGGUCAUACAAGGCCGGGCUGGCGGCUGGUGUCUUGCCGGCACUGGCGUACCAAAGAGACUUCAACUGCAGCCAGACUAUCCCGGACUUUGCAUCUCUAGGUCUACCGGAGUAUUACUAG